GUUCAAUCACUGUGUCAAAUUCUCGCCAUUGUCCCCGGAUGGGAGGGAUUCACACAGGUUUCAUAUCUUCCUCACCACACAAUUCUUGGAGAUCCUGACAUGGAGUAUCAAAGAUAAUAAAAGAAACUCUUUAUUUGUUAAUCUAAAGAUGGGAUUAGCCCUGAUUGGAAUUUUACUUUUAGUUCUAGUGUCCUGUACAGGAAAAGCUGACCAUACUGACUUUAUUCUACAAUCAAACAGAUUUCCCGACGAUGACCGCUUUGCACCACCUAUAGGAAAUGGUUUUGUAGCCACAAACGUCCUCAGUGACGCAAUAUACGUUGAUGGGGUCUUCAAUGGCUACCGCGAAGACAGCCACCGAGCCAGGAUUCCUUCUACCACGUCUAUCCGCAUCACGCGUGAUGUCAUUUCUGAAAAAUAUAGUCUGGAUAUGUGGAAUGGUGUUUUUAUCCAUCAUGCCAAUCUGCCAGACUGUGAAGUGGAAGCCAAAUACUUUGCUCACAGGUUGUUCUCGAGUGUCCUAAUUGUGCUUAUAAAACUAACCAAAAAUCAGCCAUCUCAAGCAUGUCUAGAUAUUCAGCUACAUCUGAACAAAGGGAAACCUUCCACAGACUUCAAUCUAGAAAGUAGAACAGUUGACAACAACACUGGUUACCAGUUUGGACAAAUAGUACAAUCUGAAACAAACAGCAGUGCACUGACGAGUAUCCAUCAUUACUGGACGCAAGUACCUGAUUCUUUAUCUCUGACGUCAUUGCAGACGUCUAAAACAUUUAAAUUUGUAACCUCCAUCCACACGAACAAGACAGAGGCAUCUCUUCGCUACACCACCGCUCUAGCAAUGAGCUCUGAUCAGCUGUACUGGCUGCAUUCAAAGGAAUGGCAAGGAUUGUGGGGAAGAGGUAAAAUUAGGAUUGUUGGGAAUGAGGACCUUCAGAAGACAAUAAACACGUGCUUCUAUCACAUUUUGUCUUCUCUUCCGGCAAAGAAAUCGGACAGUUUCUAUGGACUCAGUCCAGGUGGGCUCUCGAGAGGAGGUAAACUGCUUGCUAACGUCAGUGGUGGACCUCAUAACGACUACGCAGGUCACGUGUUUUGGGACAUGGACACGUGGAUAAUGCCACCAGUCAUGAUGUUCUUUCCGGACAUGGCAAGAACAAUGAUUGGCGCAAGACUCCGUGUUCAUCCCGCCGUUAAAGAAAGAGCUAGGGAGAAUGGAUUUCAAGGGGCUCAAUUCCCUUGGGAACAAGCUUUUACAGGUUUCGAAACUUGUCCAUGGAAACCAGCAUCAGAUUACCAAAUCCACAUAACUGCUGACGUUUCACUUGCCAUACGCCAUUAUUUGGCCGUUUCCUCCAAAAAGCAAGCAGUAGAGUUGUUGAAUAGUGGAGGGAAAGACCUAACGCUGGAUAUCGCCCGUUUCUGGAAAAGUAGGGCAACAGAAUCAGAGAGAGACGACUAUGUAAUUACAGGUGUUAUGGGGCCAGAUGAAUAUCAUUUCAACAUCAAUAACUCAGUUUUUACGAACUACAACGCAAAACUUAGCCUGGAAUUACCCAAUCUCCUUAACAAAAGACAGCUGACCCCAGUGAACCAGACUGAAGUAGAUGAGUUAUUGGAGGUCAGCAAGAAGAUCAGAAUUUUGUAUGACCAACAAAGAGACUUCCAUCCUCAGUAUGACUCGUUCUCAUUGACAGAGAAAAUCAAGCAGUCAGAUGUUGUUUUACUUGGAUUCCCUCUCCAAAUGCCCAUGCCGAGGUCAACAAGAAGAAAUGACUUAGAAAUUUAUGAAAAUGUUACAGAUAGAUAUGGACCAGAUACAGGCACAUGGAGCAUGCAUACUGUAGGUUGGUUGGAACUAGGACAGCCCCAGAGGGCUUACGAAAACUUCAAAAUGAUGUUCCGAAACAUAAACGGUCCUUUUAAGGUUUUCAGCGAAAAGCCAGCUAACUCCAGUGAUGGUCCCCGAUGUGUGAAUUUCAUUACGGCAGCAGGGGGUCUGCUUCAGGCUGUGAUGUUUGGCUAUGGUGGACUGCGUUUAAAGGACGACCAUCUAAAGGUGUCCUUCACCAGUAUUCCAGAGGCAUCGGAAUGGGCCAUGUACGAUUUGAAGUACAGAGGGUUCACAUUUGACUUGCAUCUGAAAGAAAACUCGUUGUCCGUAGAAGUGACAGGCUCAGAUGACCAAGGGACGUCAUUGGUCGUAUUGCUUGAAGAUGGAUCAUAUACCCUACAGAGAGGGGAAGUAAAGGUUUUCGAAAACAGAGCCAUAAGGCUCCGAGUGGAGGACAAAAAGUCCCCAAAUAACAAUAGAGAUGGAAAUAGUGUCCAGUGCCUCAAGAGUAAUAUUUUAGCGAUAGAGUUGUGUCUUCUAGUCAUGAUUUUAUUGCAUUACAUGUGUGUAGAUUUGUUUUAACAUCAAAAGCGGGCUUUUGAGCUAAUACUUACCAUUAACACAUAUUUUUGGAUAAAACUACUUCUGUAGCAAUUUAAUGAACAUAAUUAAAGUA